AUGACAGUUUAUAUUGAAGGAGAAAGAACAAGAGGAGGAAGAAGAAGGCAUAAUACAGCUAGAAUUUCGGUGUUCCUCCUCUGUGUAAUCUUAAUUUUCAUUCAGUUAUGUCCAUCUUGUGCUCAACAAGACAACAUUGGUCGGUCCAUCCGUUUAGCUCCUGCAAGAAAAAGCCAGUUUUUCCACACAGUAUCAAUUCCUGCAGCUUCGCCGACUAAGUUUUCCGGCACAGACGACAAAGAUUCUGACAAGUUGUAUGGAGAUGAUAAGAGAAGAGUUCAUACAGGUCCCAAUCCUCUUCACAACUAA